UUAAUCAUAUGAGCUUUGACCGCCUUAGUUUUAUGCGACCGUGCUAAACUGGAGCAAAAAGUUUCCUUAAUUAUCAAAUGUAAGUGUCAGAACGUUUUACAAGUGUAUGGUAUUGCCAAACAAUUCUUGAUGUUUCUUUCACAUUUUCUUGUGAGACUUUGGAAAACUUCGCUCAUGAGGGCUUGAAAUAAAUCUUGUAUAAGGGGUAAGCUCACAAAAAGAUCAGUGCAUUUUACAACAGGAAAAGAGACAUCGUUUGCAUUAGUAUCUAUUUUUCGAUACUUUUGUAAUUUACGGCAUAACGUUAUAUUUGUUCAUUUUGCAGCUUCUUUGUAUGAUUUACAGUAUGGACACAAAGUUGUUUUUGAAACGGACGAAAAGAGAUACUCUCGCGGUUGUCAUCCAAAUAUAAACAAGUCAGAGUGGCUUUACUACAGACAAAGAUUUUUGUCGCCAUGUGUAAGGCCCCAUUUCACUAGACGGCGAUCGCGCUGCGCUCUUACUGCGACCUAUAAAGGAUAUGUGUAAUUUUCGCCUUCACACUGGGUACUAGUAUGUCAUACAAAACGUAAAAGUGUCACUAAGAAGACAACAAAACACACAAAGUGUAAAAAGAUUCGUUUCUUUUCUACAGAAUUCGUUGAGCGAUCUGUCAAAUUUUAGGUCGCUGCGAGAGUGCCGUCCUAGUAGAAAAGUUUUAUGAGCUGUUAUGAAAUCCUCCAGUUGUACCUGAUGCGGUUCGGCUGGUUCGAGCUAGGCAUGCACUAUGACCGGAUCGCCUUGCGCAGAGCCAUCACAAACUUUCAAAGGUUCGCCGGUAUACAUCAAACAGGUGAACUUGAUGACAAGACGACGGAGAUGAUGCGCAUGCCUAGAUGCGGGGUUGCCGACACGGGUGAGAAGCUGGCCUCCUACCUGCUCCAGCUCGGGCGGCGGUGGAGAAAGAACAACCUCACCUACCGUAUAGUGAACUACACCCCGGACCUGCCGCCGGCUAGCGUGCGAAGGGAGAUACGGAGAGCUCAAAAAAUUUGGUCGGCUUACACUUCGCUGCGGUUCCGGAGAUUGAAGGGUUCCACUCCUUCCGACAUUGAGAUCAGCUUCGUCUCGUUCCUCCACGGGGACGGCCACUCAUUCGACGGGCCUGGGAAGACCCUGGCGCAUGCGUACGGCCCUGGCAACGGCAUCGGCGGCGAUGUACACUUCGACGAGUCGGAGACCUGGACCAUCAACAAGAGAAACGAUCUUCCCGGAGGCGUUGCUCUGCGCCAGGUAGCGGCUCACCAGUUGGGGCACGUCCUGGGUCUCGGGCACUCCCGGGGAAACACUGCAGUAAUGGCGCCCUUCUACCGGUACCGGCCCAACUUCCGCCUCCAUGGUGACGACAUCCGGGGCAUCCGGAGGCUCUACGGACACCCUCCGCUGCCGACCUUCCGUCCACCCCCUCCGCUGCCGAACCCUAGGCCUCGGCCAUCUCCUCCGCUGCCGAACCCUCGGCCACCCUCUCCGCUCUGUCCCCCUGGCGGUGAUCUGGACGCGGUAACGUGCAGCGGGGAGAAGUUUGAUGCCUUCACUCGUCUGGCCAACGGGUCCGUGUACGCCUUCAGAGGCCGUUACUUCUGGAGACUGAACAGCGCAGGCGCGGACCCCGGGUACCCCCAGCUGAUCGCUGACGUGUGGGAAGGCCUGCCUGCUGACGGGAUAGACGCCGCGCUGUACUGGCCGCCCAACAGGAAGACUUACUUCUUCAAGGGUGGCCGAUACUGGCGGUUUGACGGCGCCAGUCCUGAUAGGGACUACCCCCUCUCCAUCUACCUCUGGCGUACCGUACCCAACAUUGACGCUGCGCUGUACUUUGGAGAGUUUCAGGGCAGAGCCAGGGCUUACUUAUUCACGGGUGACCAGUACUGGCGGUACACCGAGGGCCCCAGGACACUAGACCGCGGCUACCCGAAGGCCCUCAGUUUGUGGAGGGACUUCCCGGACCGCCUGGACGCGGCUAUCCAGUGGACGAACGGCUUGGACUACAUCUUCAGGGGCGAUCAGUACUGGAGGCUGGACAACGGCGGCGCUGUGACCGAAGGGGCCAACCCACCCUACCCGCGCAGCGUGGCUAAAUACUGGAUGGGUUGCUUUCAAUACAUGAGCAACUAAGCCUGUCCUUGGUGCUGAACACCACCAAUACAUGUACAACUAAGUCUGUCCUUGGUGCUGAACACCACCAAUAUAUGAACAACUAAGUCUGCCCUUUGUGCUGAACACAUUCAAUACAUGAGCAACUAAGUCUGUCCUUGGUGCUGAACACCAACAAUAU